GACUCCUCGUAGAAGUCAUCCCACAGCACGGUCUAUCUCGGGAGCGAACCGUGGAACUCCACAUCAGACGCCAAUUUCCGAGUUUGUACCUACGACGUACCGAUAUAACCAGAGUUAGGGGUUGAGCAUCAAAGACACCGGGAGUAUUCCUCCGUUGGGGGGUUGAGCUAGCGGAUUCGCUCGAACAUCGGUCGCCAUGUCGCUGAAACAGGAAAUCGAGACGUGGGUACAGGCACUAGGCCACUAUGACAACAAUGAGUUCGAUGACGCGCUCAAGGGGUUCGGAAAUAUCGCCGAUACCUCCAAGAUCCUGUUCAACAUGGGAGUGAUAUUUGCGACCCUAGGGGAGCACGAGAAAGCGGUGGACAGCUAUCAAAGAGCGUUAGCCCUCGACAAAUACCUGGCCGUGGCCUAUUUCCAGCAAGGGGUCUCGAAUUUCCUCAUGGGCGAUUUCGAGGAAGCACUGGCCAACUUCAACGACACCCUAUUGUACCUUCGCGGUCACAAUAACAUCGACUACGAGCAGCUCGGCCUCAAAUUCAAGCUUCACUCCUGCGAAGCCCUUUUUAAUAGGGGGUUAUGUUACAUUUACCUACAGCAAAAGACGGCGGGUAUGCAGGAUCUCGCCUUCGCUGCUCGCGAAAAGACCAUGCCGGAUCACGAAGUCAUUGAGGACGCUAUCCGGGAAGAAGCUGAAGGAUACACCGUCUUCUCUAUCCCCGUCGGCAUCAUCUAUCGUCCCAACGCCGCCAAAGUCAAAAACCUCAAAACCAAAGACUACCUCGGCCGCGCCCGUCUCGUCGCGGCGUCCGACCGCAACAAUCUCUACACCGGCUUCGCCGGCGCCGAAAUCAAAGCCGCCUCCGCCACCUCCCUCCCCGCCAAAGACGACCGCCCCGAAUCCCAACUGUCCUACGCCGCCACCAACCUCGUCAAACCCAACCUCAUCUCCCGCUCUAACACGCGCCUCCAAUCCGAGCCCCCCAUCAACCGCACAGUCUUCCCCCCCACUCCUCCCCCCGAAGUCGACUCCCGCCCCCCUCCCCCCCCUGACAAACGCCGCUCCGGCCCCGACCCCCUCUCCCGCGCCCAGAGCGUCAAAAACGGGGUCCGCCCCUACCCCCGCCCACUCGACCUCUCCGUCGCCGGCUUCGACCAACCCCAACCCACUAACCCCGCCCCGCCUCCCCGCCUCGGCACCCAGCGCUCCAUGUCCGAGCGCCCCCGCCGCGACCACGACCGCUACGCCACCCCCUCCCAGGACCGCCUGCGCGGGCCCCGUCGCCGCUCCUUCGAUCCCCUCGACGACGAUACCGCCUCCACCGAGGAUGUGUACGAUCUGUACGGCGGGCGCGGCGCGCGGCGAUCUCAGGCGAGAAACCCGGCCGGUGCCCCGCGCGCUAUUGUUGGGUAUAUCGAGGAAGAGGACGAGUUCGGCGGGAGUGAGUCGGAGCCGGACUUCGAGAUGGUCUCAAGGGCAAGGACGAAUGGGUCGGGGGGGCGGAGGAGGCGGGCGUCACGAUCCCGGUCGCGAGGGCCGGGGGCGGGGGGGCGAGGAGGGGAGUAUGGGUACCGGUCGUCGAAUGGCAAUAGUAACAGCAACAGCAACAGCGUGACGUUGCGGAAGAUCCGGGUGAAGGUGCACGCGGCGGACACGCGGUACGUGCUGAUCGGGCCAGCAGUGGAGUUUGCGGAUUUCGUGGACGGGAUCCGGAUGAAGUUCGGGUUGCGGAACGCGUUUAAGGUGAUGACGAAGGAGGAGGGGGGGGAUUUGAUCACGAUGAGCGAUCGGGAUGAUUUGGAGUUGGCGGUGAUGGAGAGUCGGAGGGUGGCGAGGAUGGAGGGGUCGGAGAUGGGGAAGAUGGAGGUGUGGUUGGGGGAGAUUGGGUAGGGGGUGGAGGUUAUGACCUGGAGUUUGGGAUCAUAAUACAUACGAUAUUCACGUUGGGAUUGAACAUUUGUUCGGUUUUUGGUUUUUGGUUAGAGCGGCACGGCGACGAGUUCUUUAUGUUCAUGUUUAAUCUCCUCCAGCAGCAUUGGGAACCGAUUGACG